GCUUUGUAACAGCACUAAACAUUCACCCAGGAACACCGUCUCUCUGGCUAAAUGAAAACGACCGACUAAUAAUCUCUGACGAAUCUGGAUAGAUCAGAAUGGACGAGUUUUUAAAAUCAGCUUUACCUGCGCAGGACUCACUCAUGCUGGAUGACUCCAGUCUGGCAAUGCCGACCAAGCCGAGCCGGAGAUCCCCGACGGAAGUUCAUUCAAAAGACAGCAUCCAGCGAGUCCACCAGCAGGUCCAGCUCACACUGGCACGCAAGGCGAGGAAGACUGCGUCGAAUGGUAGUGUCCAUUUACAGAAGAACUUUGUGAAGAGCUUCGAUGCUACAGAUGGACUGGUACAACACAUGAAGCCCUGGGUGAUGUCUCCUAAUGGAUUUGGCUUCACGAACAGCUCUCUUCAGGAGCAUGUGCGGAGACCAUCAAGGAGAGUGGAAGUGUCUCCUCCAGCGAGUCCAGAGUUAUCUCGCAGCCUUGUUGCUUAUAAUCCCCACCCUUUUGGGAUGUACGCCCUCCCAAGCCCCUGUCGGUUACACAGGAUGGGCACUGUGCUGGACCACUCAUUUGGGUCUGAUUUAUGUCAGCGCUACGCCGCCUCAGAGGACCCUCGGGACAUGCGGCUGCGCGCAUCCACACCUGAACAUGCGAGCUUCCGCCGGAGGUCGCUCAGACAAACUCUAAGACCACAGCCUGUGUUUGCAGAUCCGGCGUUUCAGCAAAGUGAUGAAUUUGCAUCUGGCUGGAGUCCUUAUCAAACUGUUUGCAGACAGGACAAACCCACUGUGCAGAGUGAUGUUGGGAUACUUGGUGCUCUGCAGCCUGAUAAAAGGCUGUCGUUUCUGCCUCAGGUCAGGGGGGGCAGUCAAGGGCUCCUUAGACAGAAUUCAUACGCGCCCUCGGUCAUCAGCCUGGAGGUGGAUGGGGGGAGGGCAAUGGAAGCAUCACUCCCCAUUCAGCCAAUACAAGCGCACAAUGUCAUGACUCUGAAGUCAGAGAACAACCCUCCAGAGAUGACGUUAGAGAGGGCCGUGAAUCUGUUGACCCAGGAUGAUGAGGAAACACUGAUCUCUGCAGCCAGCUACAUACAAAGCCAAAGUUUCAAGAGCGCUGAUGCUAAAAAGAUGGUAUACUACCUCCGUGGGAUCGGAAAGCUCCUGCAGCUCCUCUACAAUGACAAUGAGGAGGUGCAGCGUGCCACCGCUGGGGCGUUACGUAAUGUUGUUUACCAGAGCAGCGAAAACAAGAUGGAGGUGAAGGAAAAUGACGGUUUUGUUACCAUUUUGCGUGCACUGAAGAGCAGCCGUGAUGUGGAGACCAGACGACAACUUACUGGUCUUUUGUGGAACCUCUCCUCUCAUGACCUAUUGAAGGAACGUCUCUCCAGAGAGGCCUUAUCUGUCCUCACACAGUCAGUCCUGGUGCCCAGUUCUGGCAUGUCUGAGGGCGAGAACCCAAAAGACGAUCUUCUCACAGAUGCUGAUGUUUUCCACAAUGCUACAGGCUGCCUGAGAAAUCUGAGCUCUGCUGGUCCAGAUUGCAGAAAAGCAAUGAGGGAGUGUGAGAAUCUUAUUGACUCUCUGGUCUACUACAUCCGAGGGACCAUAGCGGACUACAAGACAGAUGACAAGUCUACAGAGAACUGUGUCUGCAUCCUGCACAACCUGUCUUAUCAGAUUGAGGCAGAGCUUCCAACAAAGCACGUGAGAGAUCUCUGGGAUUCUCGGCAAAACUUGGCUGCCAAACCAAAGACCGUGGGCUGUUUUCCUUAUCGCAGUGCCAAGAUCACAGAGCAUCUGGAGCAACAGGGCCCCCUGCUGGAGGAGAAGGCCAACCCCCGGGGCAUCGAGUGGCUGUGGAGCGCCAUCACUAUCCGGAUGUACCUGUCACUGAUAGCCCGCAGUAUACGUCACUGCACCCAGGAGGCUGCCAUCGGAGCCCUGCAGAACAUCACAGCUGGAAAUGGAGCGGUGACUGAAGCCAUUGCCUUUACUAUUGUUCAACGGGAAAACGGCCUUCAGCAUGUGAAGAAGAUGAUGCAGGAUGGAGAAAGUGAUGUGAAGAGGACAGCUGUGUCUCUAAUAAAAAACCUCUCUCGCUACCAGGAACUGCAAUCUGAAAUAGUCAAGCAGGUGUUGCCAGAGUUGGUGGAGAUGCUGCCCAACGACGACACCAGCACUGACCUGCCCACAGAGGUGACGGCUUCUCUGUGUCGCAUCCUCGUUAACCUGAGCCAGAGCACCACGCAGCAUGUCAGAGACAUCUUCAACCAGCGAGCCCUCCCGAAGAUCAUCAACAUCAGCAGCAAGGACAACGGUUAUGGACCAACCAGAGCAGGUCAGACAGCAUGCGUCCUGCUGCACACGAUGUGGAAACACAAUGAUCUCCACAAGGCCUUCAAGAGGUGUGGAUACAGGAAAGCUGAUUUCAUCAACGCGAGGACAAUAAAGGCUGCAAACUCCAGCUGAGAUUGAGCUGAAUAUCCAUUAACACCAAACUCAAACUCACACGUGUUAAUAAUGUCAGCUCUUGUGAUCACAAAUCACUUACUGCACUAUUUGUACUGUAAUGUAACGGAGUGUCCGCGUCACAGUUUAGUAACUGUUGGUUUCAUAAAAGGAUAAUUAGAUUUUUCUCUCAAUGCUGCAGACAAAAGUUAGUGAAGCAGGCCUACAUUUCCCUUAAACGUCUCAUGAAAUUGCUUUUCACUAGCAAGAACCACACCACAACAAUAUGUCGUUUAAAGGUUUAAUGGAAUUCAGGAGGUAUUGAGGAUGUUGAGGAUAGAUGAAUGGAUGUGGGUGAAGGUAGAAGGAAGAUGUCGUCUGUUAGGCUGGUCUGGGAGGAUGUACUGAAGACCAGGCCGAGGGAAACUCAGUGUGGGGAUUCUCAGGCAUAUUUCCGCCCGAGCUGAUCACUGGCCCCCAGACAGUGCCUAGAAUGAGAUGUGGGAGAGGUAUGCACCAGAUUGAAUAGGAAGGGAUGGGGGAAAGAGGGAUGAGCAGAGGGAGGGAUGAUGUAGGAAGACGAACCUAAUUUAACAAGUUAACUACAUUAAAAUUGUAAAUUUCAUGGGACCUUUAAAGCACUUUUUAGUUUUGUUUCCUUAAAAUGCAACAUCUCUUUAGCAAUGAUAGUGUAUUUAAUGUAAAGUAUUGCUUUAUGUUUGUGUAGUUAUUUUAUAUAUUUAGUGGCAGCUUUACAGUUGAAAAUGUGUUUUUAUGCACUUCUGCACAGUAAACCUUUAAACUGUUAAUGAAUUUAUAGAAAUGUGUUUUUAAAACUUAAGAAUGACUUUGAGAAUGAUUUCCUACUUUAAAACUCAACAAGCUUCCCUUCUUUAUUGAGUUGAUUCCAGAAACAAAUUAACUUGAUUGUUGUUUAUGUUUUUGAAAACUGUGAUUAUUACUUAAAUAAAUGCCAGAAUUGGUCAACAAUUGUUCGACA